CCUCUCCUUUUUUGUCUGCACAUCCUAAAACAUGAGCAGCAGAAGGAAACGUGUGGCACCUGUCCGCAUGGACGACGAGGACAAAAAGAAAUUGGACUGGAACAUGCAUGAUCACCGAAGGACUGAGGGUGAGUUUGAAGCUGAUGAAAGUUUCUUAGAGACAUCACUUUCUAUCAGCUGCCAACCUGACCCUGUUCUGGACGUCACAAGUGGAACUGUGGCUGGCCAUUCCUUUGAGGAGCCAGGAAGCUCUAUGCUGGACUCACCAGAAAUUAUUGAGCUUACUGUGAUGCCAGUGUGUGCUUUGGUGCUUAGCUGGAAGGCACUGAUUGGAGAGUUUAACCUCCAUCCAAAGGUCCCCAUGGAGCUUACAGACGUAAAUUUUUGCCUGCAGCAGACUCAGAAUGCACUGUUAAUAAUUCCAGCCACCACAACAUCAGAUCAACCUACAAAGUAUCCUACUGAGUGCUCGUUAGGUGGAUUAUCACUGGAGGACUUGGACUGGCUGCAAAAGAGGAAGAUCAUACAGCUCUGUCACUUGUCAGGAGAUGGUGCAGUAAAGUUGAAAUUUUUUCUUUUAGAAUCUGGGUUGGGACGACCAGAAUUUCUCAGUGAAGGAAAUGGACGCAUAAGAAGAACUAAUCAGCUGAUGCAGAAAUUGAUGGAAUUGUUCUAUGAUUUCAUAAUUCCUGAGAUCAUGGAAAAUGAAGAGGAAGAGUGUGACACUGAUCUAGAACGGCAAAACGUGGAGGAGCUCUAUGACUACGUCAGACACCAUCAGAGAAAAGAACAGGAACAGAUGUUUGAUGUACAGCAUCCAGCCCUCAUCCCAGUGCUUCGACUCUACCAGAGUCAAGCUGUUAACUGGAUGUUGAGGAAAGAGAGGUACAGGAAUGAAGCUCCCCAAGAUCAAAGACUACAUUUUCUUUGGAGGGAGGUGAUUUCAAUGUGUGGAAAGAAGUUGUUUUAUAACCCCUACACAGGCUGUAUAAUUCGGGAGUUUCCUCUGGCUGGAGUUGACUGGCCUGGAGGAAUUCUUGCAGAUGAAAUGGGGUUGGGUAAAACUGUGGAGGUGCUGGCCCUUAUUUUAUGCCAUACCCGCCAAGGCCUGAAGCAGAGUGCUCUUACUUUACCUGUGGGACAAUCAGUAAACUAUUACAUUCCUCCUCCUCCAUUAGAGAGGCAAAGGACCAAGCAAUGUGACCCAAAGCCAAGAGAGAAAAUUUCCUAUCCUGCUGUCCGUGUGAUGCUUCUGACUGCCAUUAGUGAAAUGAAGGUUGGGAAAGGAGCGUCAAUCAAUGCCAUGUUCACAUACCUGCGGACUAUGUAUAAGUACGACCCUCUGAAGAACCGCAACCACAUAAAGAAAAUGCUAACAAAGCUCAUAGGCGAAGGUUUGGUGGAACAAGUUAAAGGCCGUGGCUUAGCUGGAUCAUUCAAGCUGGGACGGAACUACAAAGAAAAGAAGAAGAAACCUCCUAGCCCUCACAAGUCACCUGGAGAGGCUGCUCCCAGGAGAACAUCCCGCAGAUGUGCAGGCCAGGAGCGAGACUCCAUAAUGAACCCAUCCAACAUAUCCUCUGACUCUGAAGACACACUAAGCACCAUGGAUCCUCCUGUACUCACAGUGGAAUCAAAGCAUGACCAUGAACUGCUAGCAGAGCCGAAAGAGCUUAAUAACAAACCAAGCAUAGACAUUAAUCCAGACAACUACCAGCCUCAGAUUCCAACAGAUGAAGCUAAGAAAGAGCCAUCAGAAUGUAAUGAGAUCAACGCUAAACUACAGCCACCGCAGUGUGAUGAUAGUAUCCAGUUAGAAAGUCAAGCCGAUAUUACCCAAGAUCUUCAGAUAGAGCCUUCACCUCCAACUCGAGCAUCCGUGGUUCCCUUUAAUACCCCUGAUUACCGCUUUGAAUGUAUAUGUGGAGAACUGGGCCUAGUAGACUAUAAAGCUCGGGUGCAGUGCAUGAAUUGCCUGUUGUGGCAGCACGCGGAGUGUGUAAACUAUAAGGAAGAGAACUUGUCGACCACGCCAUUCUACUGCCCACAUUGCCUGGUGGCCAUGACACCUGUUCCUACUGGUGCCACUCUCAUCAUUUCACCUAGUUCCAUCUGCCAUCAGUGGGUUGAGGAGAUUAACCACCAUAUUCGCUCUGCCUCACUUCGAGUUCUGGUGUACCAGGGUGUGAAAAGGCAUGGAUUCAUUCAGCCUCAUGUCCUGGCUGAACAGGAUGUAGUCAUCACUACUUAUGAUGUACUACGUACUGAGCUGAACUAUGUAGACCUUCCUCACAGUAACAGCAAAGAUGGACGACGCUUCCGCAACCAGAAACGCUACAUGGCUGUUCCAAGCCCACUUGUAGCUGUGGAGUGGUGGCGCGUCUGUCUGGAUGAGGCUCAGAUGGUGGAGUGCACCACAGCCAAGGCUGCAGAGAUGGCUUUGCGAAUCACAUCCAUUAAUCGCUGGUGUGUAAGUGGAACUCCUGUGCAAAGAGGUCUUGAAGACUUGUAUGGUCUUGUCCUUUUUCUGGGAGUUGACCCAUACUGGGUAAAGUACUGGUGGGAUCAGCUGCUCUAUAGACCUUAUCGUCGUGGAAACACAGGCCCACUCUACAAUCUCAUUGGCCAGCAGAUCUGGAGAUCUGCCAAAAAAGAUGUUAUUGACCAGAUCCAGAUUCCUCCCCAGACAGAUGAGAUUCACUGGCUGAACUUCUCUCCAGUAGAGGGUCACUUUUACCACCGCCAGCAUGAGGUCUGCUCCCAGGAUGCAUUGCACAAGCUGAGAAAGAUUUCAGACUGGUCACUGAAGUUAGGCAGCCUGGACAGACGCACAGUGAACACCAUUUUGUACCCACUGCUGCGUCUGCGACAGGCCUGUUGCCACCCUCAGGCUGUCAGGGGAGAGUUUUUGCCUUUUCAGAAGAGUACAAUGACGAUGGAAGAGCUUCUCAAGUCACUGCAGAAAAAAUGUCGUGUUGAGUGUGAGGAGGCUCACAGGCAGCUGGUGUGUGCUCUUAAUGGUUUGGCAGGAAUCCACAUCAUUAGAGGUGAGUUUGUUGAGGCAGCAGAGAUGUACAGAGAAGUGCUUCGAUCAUCAGAAGAACACAAAAAUCAGCUUAAAACAGACUCUCUGCAGAGACUUCAUGCUACCCACAACUUAAUGGAGCUGCUUAAUGCAAAGCAUCCUGGUAUACCCCCUACUCUCCGAGAUGACCGGCUGAAAGAGGAGGCAGAGCAGUUAAAACAGCACUACAUGACGAAGGUCAGCUCUGAAGUGUCUGAGGCGCAGCAGAAUCUCCUGCCUGUCCUUCAAAACAUCAAAGAGCUUAAGCGCAAAGUUAACCUGCGCGCCCCCUGGUGGUUGGACGUCGUCCAGCAGUCCAUUCAGUACUCUAUGGAUGAUGACCUGGUCACCCGGAUCCACAACGAGCUUACCUGCAGCUACAAACAGCAAGCCAAUAAACUCUCAAUGGCAGACAAAUUUCGGGAUGCUCGAGGUCUUCAGUUUUUACUUAGCACUCAGAUGGAUGAACUGAUGAAGUCCCAGAAAACUGUUGAGGAUGCUGUGAAAAAGCUGGAAGCUCAGCCUUCACAGGAAGUCAUUGAGGAGUCAACUGCUUGUCACUUAAGGCCUGUCCGCCUCCCACUUAACAACUGUGUGUUUUGCAAAGCUGAUGAACUGUUCACGGAUUAUGAGUCAAAGCUAUUCUCUCACACAGUUAAAGGCCAGACAGCCAUUUUCGAGGACAUGAUUGAGGAUGAGGAAGGGCUAAUGGAUGACAGACUUCCCACCACUAGUCGUGGCCUGAGGGCAGCCAGUGAGACAGAACGGACCCUGAAAGCCAUUUUGUCCUUUGCCAAAAUCCGCCGCCUGGAUUCUGAACUUAUAGAGGAGGGUAACACAUUUAUGGAGCUCUUUGAGUUCUGGAAAAAGGAGUACAAGGUGCUGCACGAGUACUGGAUGACAUUAAGAGAUCGUGUAUCAGCUAUAGAUGAGCUGGGUAUGGCUACAGAAAGGCUGCGUGUGCGUCUUCCUGAUGAGCCCAAACCUAAAGUUCUGCACAUCAUAGAACCACAUGAGGUAGAGCAGAACAGAGUAAAGCUGUUGAAUGACAGAGCUGUGGCUAAAUCUCAGCUACAGAAAAAGCUUGGACAGUUUCUGUAUCUCACCAAUCUAGAGAAGUCCCAGGAUAAAUCCACAGGAGGUCUGAAUCCGGAACCAUGUCCCAUCUGUGCCCGCUCCCUGGGUCAAGAAUGGGCCGUGCUCACCUGUGGACACUGUUUCUGCAAUGAGUGCAUUUCCAUCAUUGUGGAGCAAUACAGUGUUGGAAAUCGUAAGAAAGCUAUCAAGUGUGCCAUCUGCAGACAAACCACUUCCCACACUGAAAUUUCCUACGUCUUCACCACUCAAGCUGCAGAUCAGGGACAAGAGAUUCCUGUCAAAGGAAGCCACUCCACUAAAGUAGAGGCUGUGGUCAGAGCCCUCAAGAAAAUCCAGAUGACUGACCCAGGAGCUAAAUCCCUCGUGUUUUCCACGUGGCAGGGAGUGCUGGACAUCAUUGCAAAAGCACUCUUAGAUAACAACCUGGAGUUCUCACAAAUCAAUGGCAUUCACAAGUUUCAGGAAAACCUUAGUUCUUUCAAAUAUGAGGAGAAGAUCAACAUCCUGCUGUUGCCAUUGCACACAGGCUCAAAUGGACUGAAUAUCAUAGAAGCUACCCAUGUGCUGCUUGUGGAGCCCAUUCUUAACCCAGCACAUGAACUGCAGGCCAUUGGUAGAGUGCACCGCAUUGGCCAGACAAAACCCACAUUUGUGCACCGGUUUCUCAUUAAGUCUACAAUUGAGGAGCGCAUGCAGGCCAUGCUGAAAACAGCAGAGAAAAGUCACAGUGCCACAGCCAUGAAGCAUGCUGAGGCCUCUGUGUUUACAGUAGCAGACCUGGCUGAGCUCUUCACUGAGGACACUGACACACUCUAGAAAAUCGUCCAACUGACUUCAGAUGUACAGUGUUCCCUGUGAACACCACAACCAGCAAAAGCAACAGAGGAAAAGGCACCAGUACAACACCAACCAGUACAAAAGUUCCCCUUACUGAGCUAUUGUACUCUGCACUUUGUGUAUUUGAUAACAGAUCCAGUAAUGACGUUAAUUUAUGUUAGCGUAAUGUGAUAGCUGUAUUAUACUGAUCAUGUAUAUUGUAACAGUUUUACACCUUGCUAUCUUUUAACCUGACAUAAAUAAGACACAGCUUUUAACAUUAAAUUUGUUAAAAAUUGCACAUAUUUCAUGGGUUAUAAGCAAUGUGCUUUCAGCUUUGAAAAUACCAGUACAGCUUGCAAGAUUUCUCUGUUAUGACAAAACAGAAUCAAGGUUGUUUGUGGCAGAAAUGUAACAUAAUCUGUUCCAAAACUGCCAUACUCCCUAACAGAGUGCAGGACCAGUUAUGCUUUACUGUACUUUAGGCUUUGAAUGGCUAAAUCUUGCCUGGGGAUUGCACUGCAAUGUGGCAAUUGUUUCCCACUUGGAGGCUCCAGGCUUUUAACAUUUCUAGAGUUUAAAUAAUAAUGUAAGGAAAAAUAAAUGAGCAUAUACCACAAUGGUAGGCACAUGUAAGAUAAGUAAUUGCCUCUAUGGAAAGGUUAUGAAUUUUGGAACAGUGUUUGGCCUGAAAAUAAGUUAAUUAGAUCUGGUCAGAUCUGCCCAUUAUAAUCAUAACAGCAAAUAAUUACUCUAUUUUAGGAUAGACCCACUGACUUCCUAAAAGAUUUUCACAAACUUUAAGCAAAGAUGCAUGACCUGGUGUUUUUUUAUUAUUAUUAUUACUGUUAUUGGGCAGUACCAAUGAAUUCCUGUUUAGAACAAAAGUAUCAAUUUAUUAAAUUGGUAAUUUUUUUUUAUUUUAAAAAUAAGUAAAAUAUUAAAACCACUG